UAAUAUAAUUAUGUUGAUUUCAGUCUACACCAAUAUCUCACACAGUAUCAUCCCCUGCUGAUACAACAUUGGAUUCUAAUAAACCUAAUCAAGAAGAACAUGAACAAGAUGAACAGUCGUGCAGAAAAAUGACCAGAGAAGAGCGUAAAAUUGAUGCAAUAAUGAGAGCUUUUGAACGUAUGGAAAAAACUGCAAAACGUCGACAACAAGCGUUAGAACGCAUGGCACAACAAAAAGCACAACAACAGAAACAAGAAGUAGAGAAAGAUAAUUCUGAUGCUUUGUUUAUAAAAUCAGAAUCAAAUAUAGGUGAAGAAGAAAGUUCAAAUUUACAGUCUAGUGGAGAAGCAGCAUGCAAUGAAGAAGCUAAAGUAGCUUUAGUAACAUGUCAAAAUAACUCAGUUAAUAAUUGUAGGCAUAAAAAAGGGAAAAGAAGAAGAGGUUCUGGAACUCCAGCAAGGAGGAGGACUCGAUCAAAUAGUGGUGGGUCUGAUAUCAUGUCACCUGAUGAAUUACCUUCUUCAGGUAUCAAUCCUGUCACUAUAACUUCUGCAAUAUCUCCACCUAAUAUUGUGACUAGUAUUUCAACAACAACCAGUACAACUAUUACCUCUAAUACAGUCAGCAAUAACAGUGCAUUUCCAAAAACAAAGAAGUUUUUGAUGCAGGAAUGGCUACAAGAGAAAGCUGAAACAUCAGUACCUGUAUCAUGUCCUUUAACUAUUCAUACUGAACUUAGCUGGAAUUUAUCAACAGCAAGUCCUACAUGUUACGUAAGGUGCACCAGGGACAGUCCAAAUGCAGGUGGUAUAUCAUCAGCUCAUCUCCGUCGCAACAGUACUUCCUGUAUGGGUCAAGGAGGAAAAUCAUCAUCGAGUCUAGGAUCUGCAAAAAAGCGUUGGCUGCGUCAAGCUAUGUUUGAAAGUGGUACUUCAGAAAUUGAAUGUUCAAAUUUUGAGACUUCAGUAUUAGAUGGAGGUCAGAAUUCUCCUUUACAUAAUGGAUGUUUCAGUCCAAAUCCUCACAGUGAUGCCAGUAGUCCUUGUGUUUCUCCACCUGGAGAUAUUGUAACACCUUUAAAGAAGCGUAGACUUAUGAGAGAGUCGUUAGAAUCCUUACCUUCUCCAAGAAGUUUAUCACCUAAUGCUCCGAGUGGCUGGCCUGCUUCUUUAUCUUCUAUAGAGAGUCCGGACCAUUCUAAUUCAGCAUUAGAGAUGUCAUUUCCAAUAUUAAGUAGUGAAGAAAAACUUGUACAGAUUGAAAAUGUUGGGGAAGAAGAUUAUGAUGAUACAUCAACAAUUCAAAAUAAUUUAAAUGGUUUAGAAUUACAUCUUGUGUCAGCAGCUAAGGAAUUAAGAGAACAUUGGGUCACAAAAAAUGAAAAUUCUGAUAUGGAACCAACUAGUUCUAGUGGUUUAAAUCAAGAUAUUAAUUUGAAUGAGGAAAAAAUUCCUUCUACAAAUGUAGGUGAUAUUCCAUCUGCAAAUGUUAAUAUGACAGAUUCGUCACAGGAUUCAUCGUGUUUAGAUCUUACUUGUCAUGAUGAAAGAGAAUCUCAUGUUAGUAGUUCAGAGAGUAUGAUACCUGUUAAUAGAACUGAAGAUGAUAUAAAUGAUUCACAAACUUUGGGUAAUGUAUCUAGUAGUACUAUUUGUGACAGUAAUGAAGUUACUUCAACAAAUAAAGAUUUAAGUCCUGUGGAGGACAAUAAAGAUUCCUUACCAGACUCAAGUCUUAGUGGAGAUGUUGAAUUAGCAGGUAGAAUAAAUGAAUCGGAUGUUUGUUUUGUACAACAGGAACAAUUUUCUGUUGAAUCAAACUGUGUUCAAGAUUGUGUUACAUCAUCUCAUAUUGUAAAUAAUAUCACAACAACUGAUAAACAAGACUCAUCACAUAUUGUUAACAUGUCAACUCCUUGUUUGUCUGCUGAAAAUGCACAAAAUGUACAGUUACCUACAACCACAUCAACGGUGUCUACAUUAUCAUCUUUAAAUAAUAGCAAUUCAGUGAAUGUUCCUCACUAUACAAGUGUGGUUUCCAGUUCUGUUAGUCAUAAAAGAAAGGUUUCACUUUCUGAAUAUCGUUUGAGAAUGAGGGAACAAGCAAGUACAAGUACAACAGAGACUAAAUAUCAAAAGGCUGAUAAUUACUCUAAAAAUGAAGAUAUUAAUGGCUCACAAGCAACUACAUCAAUCAUUUGUAGUCCACCUAAAGGAAUAUCACAAUCAAAGACUGAAUCUAAAUCAGCUAAACAUAAAGAUAAUGUCAAUAAAGAAGAAAAUCACAAUGGAGAGUUAGAUGUUAGAUGGAAUAACAAUUCUUCAGAUGAAAUGCUAGAACAAGAAGGACAACCUGAAAUAUGUUCUGCUGAAAAUUCUGAAAACAACAAAGAUGAUAAUGUCAAAAAUCAAGAUCAAAAUGUAUUACUUAUCAAAUCAGUUCCAAAUCCCACAUCUAUUCUUCAGCUUUGUGUACAACCACCACCACCACCUCCAUUUCCUUCAACUAAUGCAAGCACUUCUAAAACAAAUUCACUCCCUCAAUUUAGAUAUCCAGCUGCACAAUCAUUCUGUCAACAGCCAUUUAUUGUUGCUCAGGUUGCUUCACCUUAUGUUGCCCUUCCUCCUCCUCCUCCUAAUCAAGCUUUACCAUCACAAAGUUCUAUUCCAGUCAUUCAUCACUCUUCACAUAUUCGUCCUCUUCCACCACCGCCGCCAUCUGUAAUUCCCGUUCCGGCAUCAACCGUCAAUCCUCCUCCAUCUAUAUCGCAUUCGUUUCCGUCGCCGUCUACUCAUCCUCCGCCUCCGCCUCCACCGCCGCCUCCUCCUCCGCCGCCACCUCCAAACGGAUUCAAUACUGUCGCCGGUGUACAAAAUUUCGUUACCUCUCCCAUACCCACAUUACUGACGCAGCCGCAAGGAUAUCAUUUCAAUCAAGGUCUUUUCAAAUGAAUGCCCAAUUCAUUUAUGUUAACUGUGCAUUUAUCAGAAACUAAUUCCAGCAAAGUGAAAUAUAUCUUUUAAGCAUUUGUUGUGAAAAUAAAUUAACAAAACUAUUGUGCAAAUUAAAUCAGCAGUAAAAAUUGUAUAUUUACAAAAAAUGAAAAGACCAGAAAAACUGAAAGAUCUGAUUACUGGCUGGAUGCAGAGUUGUUUUGGCAAAUGAUGUCCAUUCAACUGAUGAUUUAUGUUUGAGAUUUCAAAUCAUUACUGCAAAAAUGAUUAUGUUAUUGCAGUGGUGCAUCAUAAAUCUUCAUAAAUCAUAUGUAGAAUUAUCCAAAUCUCUUGUACAUAAAGAUCUAUAUAUUUUUUCUUCAUUAUAUGUAAAAUUUUGCUAUCUUUGAGAAGCUCUUUAGUUAUAGCAUUAAACUAACAUUUAGAUAGAUAAUACAUUGAAUACAUUCAAUGCAUACAUACAAACAUAUAUGUGAGAUUUUAACUUCAUUAAAUCAAUACUAUCAUCAUUACUGCAAAAGCAGCUCCUGGUGCCCUACUUGUAUCAUUUUACUGUCUGGAAGAUAGAUGUUGUUAUUGUUAUUAUUAAGUGAAUACUUGUAAUUAAUCUACAAUUGUUUCUCCAAAAGAACAAAAAAGAAAAAAAUUACCAAAAAACAAAACAAAAAAUGAUCAAGUGGUUAAUAAUAUUUUAUGCCAGGUUUAUAAUUUUGUUAUUAAACAUUAUCUCAAUUGUUUCUUUUUGUUAUUUUUGCAUGUCCUCUAUCAUAGAAUUUUAAAUAAAAAAACAAGCGAUAGUUUUUUUUGUAUACUAAAUAUUCACGUAACUUAUUUUUUAUCGGUUCGACAUGUUCAUAGAUAAUGCUAUGUAAAUAUUUUACUUCAUUGUGCAUUUGUAAUGUGACAUUGACAUCAGUUGUGAAAUAAACCGUGGUCAUCAGUACCUUUUCCUUAAAAAAAUACAAAGUGUUGUUUUGUUUAUCAUAUAAACAAGUAUUGCUACCAAUAUAUAUAGUUGACUUUUGUAUGCUUUCAUAACAUUGUCAUCUGCCUUUGUAUUUAUCUUAGUAAUAUUUUAACUUUUUGUUUUUUUUUGGUAUCAAAUACUUGAAAAUGGAUCCAUUGUUAUUCAUUUGUAGACAAAAAAAAUCUUAAAUAAUAUCCAAAUAUGUGGUUCCUUAGAAAUUUAUUUUAACAUGUUCUUAAUAAGAUCAUGUGACAGUUUUACAUAUAUUUUUAAUUGGGAAUAAACAAUUUUAAAUUGUUUUAAAAAGAAAUGUACAGUACAUGAAA